AUGAACACAACAGGUUAUAAUGGUAUCGAACAUUCCAAUACCAAUAUAAAUAAACAUUCAAAAAUGUCAACAAGUCAUGUUUCACCUAUUGUUAAUUUUCAACAAUCAUGUGAACAAAAAGUUGUUCCAGUUUUUCCUUGGUUUGCUAUUGAUAUUGGUGGAACAUUAGUUAAACUUGUUUAUUUUGAACCACUUGAUUUAACACCAGAUGAAAUUCGUACUGAAGGUGAAAUUCUAAUGAAUAUUCGUCAUUAUUUAACAUCAAAUCGUGCAUAUGGUCAAGAUGGUUUUCGUGAUGAUGAUCUUGAAUUAACUGAUAUAGAGUUAGGUGGUCGUCGUGGAAAUCUUCAUUUUAUUCGAUUUCCAACAGCAAGAAUGUCAAUUUUUCUUGAUUUAUGUAUUAUGAAAAAUUUACAUACGUUAACUUUUCAAGUUUUUGCAACAGGUGGUGGUGCUUAUAAAUUUGAAAACGAUGCAGUUAAUAAAUUAAAAUUACAAUGGUGUAAAUGUGAUGAACUUGGUACAUUAAUAAAAGGUUUAAGUUAUUUAAGUAAACUCAAUCCAAAUGAAUGUUUUUAUUAUGAAGAACCACAAAAUGAUGCUAAUCUAAAUAAACAUACAUUUAAUUUUGAUAUUAAAAAUCCAUUUCUUUUGGUUAAUAUUGGAAGUGGAGUUAGUAUAUUACAUGUUGAGUCUGAAACUAAUUAUCGACGUAUAAGUGGUACAAGUAUAGGUGGUGGUACAUUUUUAGGCUUGAGUUGUUUAUUAACGGGUUGUUCAAGUUAUGAUGAAGCUAUUAAAUUAGCCACUGAAGGUGAUAGUACUAAAGUUGAUAAAUUAGUCAAAGAUAUUUAUGGUGGUGAUUAUGAACGAUUUGGUUUACCUGGUCAUAUUGUGGCAAGCAGUUUUGGUCAUAUGAAUUUACCAGAAAAACGUGAACAAGCAACAAAAUCUGAUUUAGCUCGAGCAACAUUAGUAACUGUCCUAAAUAAUAUUGGUUCUAUUUCCAUGAUGUGUGCUCAAACAGAAAAUGUCGAUAGAGUAUUAUUUAGUGGCAGUUUUUUACGUAUUAAUGAUUUAUCAAUGCGUAUAUUAGCUUAUGCUAUGGAUUAUUGGUCCCGUGGAAAAGUUAAAGCUAUUUUUCUUGAGCAUGAGGGAUAUUUUAGUGCUGUUGGUUGUUUAAGAGAGUUUAUAAUGGAUAAAGAUGAUCUCAUUAAUCCUUCUCAACAUUGA